UUUGCAGUCUGUGUGAAUAUCCUGUGUAGCCUAUUUGAAAGGGAAAACAGUGUCAAUAAGUCAAUGCACAGAGGAAGAUAAGCGGAAUCACUAGCAGUGUCUGGGUGAGAUAGUGAAAGCGUCGUCCCCGGGGCUCGGUGAGGCUGGAAAGGCGACUACUGGUGGACAGCUUUCUCCAUGUACCCGCGGAGGUCGCAGAGAAGAAACUCGCCGCUUCGUGCUGUGCCCCACAGCCUCAAUGUAGCUUCGUUCCAGUCUGUAGAGCUGCGUCUAUUGUAAAUGAGCAAAGACCUGGAAAUUAUGAGCGAAAACAUCUGGGUGCGGCACACUUUAGAGGAAAAGGUUUCGCUGUGCCGGAGGUGGUUCGCAGUUUUGCCUUUUGUAUUUCCUUGCUGAAUGUAGUGGACAUUUUGGAUUUUUUUUUAAUGUUGUGUCAUUAAUUUGCAUCAGUUAAGGACCAUUUUUGCGCUUGUCUUCGUCGUCAGUUAGUCUGGCUGUGCCACAAGGCAAUAUUUUUAUGUCUCAAAACAACUGAGAGGGACAACGUUAAACUUGAGGGCGGCUCGCUGAGGAGAAUGUACGCACUGGGCCAGCUUCGAGUUGCUCUCUAAGUAAGGCAAUAUUAGCUAGCUGCUAACACUAGCCAGACCCAAUUGAACUGUCGUGAAGCAAACCAGUGAAACCAGCUAAUGCCCACUUCUCAAGGUGUUUGUUGGGUAGUAUCAGCCUUCACAUAAGCUGGAUAUCAUUAAAUGAGACGCUGACCCGACAGUAACUCAGUGCCUCAGGAUGUCCAAGCGGAGCCUGUUUGUUCGUCUGGUACCAUGCCGCUGCUUGCGGGGCGAGGAGGAGAUCGUAACAUCGCUGGACUACUCCCACUGCAGCCUGGAGACUGUUCCUAAGGAGAUCUUUAACUUUGAGAAGACCCUGCAAGAACUCUACCUCGAUGCCAACCAGAUCGAGGAGCUGCCUAAACAACUGUUUAACUGCCAGUUACUCAACCGACUGAGCAUGCCAGAUAACGACCUGACAGUGUUGCCAGCAGCGAUCGCAAACCUCAUCAAUCUCAGGGAGCUUGAUGUCAGCAAAAACAGCAUCCAGGACUUUCCAGAGAACAUCAAGAACUGCAAAGGCCUAGCAAUUGUAGAAGCCAGUGUGAAUCCCAUAUCCAAGCUCCCUGAAGGCUUCACUCAGCUUCUGAGUCUGACGCAGCUCUACCUGAACGAUGCAUUUCUGGAGUUCCUACCAGCCAGCUUCGGCAGGUUGACUAAGCUACAAAUCCUGGAGCUGAGGGAGAACCAGUUAAAGAUGUUGCCAAAAAGCAUGCAGAAGCUCACACAGCUGGAGAGGUUGGACCUGGGGAGUAAUGAGUUCACUGAAGUGCCUGAGGUGGUGGAGCAGCUGACUGGACUCAAGGAGCUGUGGAUGGAUGGAAACAAACUGACCUUUUUACCUGGGAUGUUGGGGACACUAAAACAACUGGUGUAUCUCGACGUGUCGAAGAACAACUUGGAGAUGGUGGAUGAACAAAUCUGCGGCUGUGAGAAUCUACAGGACCUCCUGCUUUCCAACAAUGCUCUCACACAGCUGCCAGGCUCCAUCGGCACCCUGAAGAAACUGACUGCACUGAAAGUGGAUGAAAAUCAGCUGAUGUACCUGCCAGAUUCCAUUGGAGGGCUGACAUGCAUUGACGAGCUGGACUGCAGUUUCAAUGAGAUUGAAGCGUUGCCAGCCACCAUUGGCCAGUGUGUCAAUAUGCGCACCUUUGCUGCAGAUCACAACUUCCUUGCCCAACUUCCACCCGAGAUGGGCAACUGGAAGAGGGCAACUGUGCUGUUUCUACAUUCCAACAAGCUGGAGUCUUUGCCUGAGGAGAUGGGCGACAUGCAGAAGCUCAAAGUCAUCAACCUCAGCAACAACAAGUUGAAGAAUCUUCCGUACAGUUUCACCAAACUGACUGAGCUGACUGCAAUGUGGCUGUCUGAAAAUCAGUCAAAACCCCUGAUCCCACUCCAGAAAGAAGAAGAUCCAGAGACUCAGAAAACAGUGCUGACCAACUACAUGUUCCCCCAGCAAAUUCGGAUUGAGGAAUACAUUCCAAACUCUGACUCUGAGAGCUUUAAUCCAACUCUGUGGGAGGAGCAACGCAAGCACCGAGCUCAGGUGGCCUUCGAAUGUGACGAGGACAAAGAUGAGAGAGAAACGCCCCCGAGGGAGGGAAACCUGAAGCGCUACCCUACACCAUACCCAGACGAGCUGAAGAACAUGGUAAAAACAGCCCAGUCAGUGGCUCACAGGAUCAAGGAGGAUGAGUCAAGUGAUGAGUCCAGCAAAGAAGCUAAACCCGUUGAGAGAAACCACAUUGGAGUGCAAGAUGUCGGGGUAAAGGUGAUUGAAGCCCCCUGUCCCAAUGGUGUAGCGUCAAACAUGGAGGCCCAAGUGUCUGCCGACGUGUGUGCCCAAAAUCCCUCUGCACCCGAAGCAAAGGACACUUCUGAGUCUUACAGCUCCCAGAAAAUCCCCCUCAAGUCUUCAGAGGACUCAAUGAUGAACCACGAGGACACACUAGAGGAUUCUGAGGAGCUGUCAGAUGAGGAAGACGAGAUGAAGAUUGCAGAGCUCAGACCCCCUCUUAUUGAGAUUUCCAUCAACCAGCCUAAAGUAGUGACUUUAAGUAAGGAUAAAAAAGAUGAUGGGAAAGAUGCAGACUCUUUGCUGGAUGACACUGUGGCUAACAGCAACCAGAACAACAGUAACUGCUCAUCUCCAUCACGCAUGUCAGACUCUGUGUCUCUGACCACAGACAGCAGCCAGGACAACUCUUUGUGCACACCUGAGAGAGAAGCAAAGAUGCCUUUCCUACCAAAAAGCCGGCAAGAAGAUGAGAAUAUGAACCAGCCUAAAGACACCACCCCUCUCCUCCAUAAUGGCAAUGGCUCGGAAACGUCCCUCCAGGCCCUCUUAAAAACCCAGCAGGCACCACCAGAGAAAAUGGGAGACUACGACCUGUCCAUGGAAGCCAGACUGGCCUUCAUCGAGAAGGGAAUAAACAAUGGUAUGGGAGACACGUACACCAAGUGGGACCAGAUUAAUAUGAAUGUGACCAAGCUGCCAACUGACAACAUGGUUCAGCUGGAUGAGUUGGAUAAAGGCAAGAAUGGUUUGUUAGGUCAGGAGGAAGUGGACAGCAAAGAGGGUUACGAUAACAUGGAUCAUUUACAGAAUGGAAAUCAACAGGCAGGUGACUGCAAUGAUAGUCUGGGGAGUAAAAGCCAAGGGAUGAGGGGAGAAACAGCUGCUGUGCACGUGGCCUCGACAGGCGUGACAGCCUGCAGUGACAUGUCUCUAUCUCGCAGCACUGAGGAACUGUCUCCAGAGAAAAGAUGCCAUCCCCCGCAGGUGUUGAAGUCUCACAGCAUCAGCAACAUAGAAACAGGGGGCAUGAGGCUGUACUCCUUUGAUGGAGAUGAUGACUCAGUGGGGACUAGGGUGGCAGGGGCCGGGCCAGGGCCAGGAGCUCAGGGCCAGAGCAUAGUCAGGAGCAAGUCAGCCGGCCAGUUACUCAAUGAUCAGACUCUCCUGGUCUACCCCAACUCCUCUGCGUCCUCUUCAGACCUGCUGUCCUCUUCUAAGCUUCCUGCCAACACAAGUAGACAUCCAGUCUCCUCCAGCAUGGCCAUGGGAAUCCCUCCUCCUCAGUACAACAUACAAUACACAAACAGUGGCAUGUCUAAAGAGGGUCUCUGGGGCCAGAGGACAGCCAUGGCUUCAGAGCAACAAGGCUACCAUCCUGCUCCUCCUCCACAUUCACUAGCCAACACCAAUUACUCAAACCGUAAUCAGGCGCCUCCUUACCCUCUGCAGCCUCAGCAGAGAGGCCCUGCAAUGGCUUCCAAACCUUCUGGGGAGAUGUGGGCUAUGGAGAGACUUCAUUCUGCUGCAGGCCAGCCUAGAAGCAGCACCCUGCAGAGGCAAGGCAGCACUAGCUCCACAGCUUCCAUGUCUGACCCAAGGCGUAUGCAGUUGUCCGAAGGAGACUACAUGACAUACAGGGACAUUCACACCCUCGCCAGAGGGCCACUAGCAAUGAGUCACGCCAUGCAGAGGCCCCUCUCAGCUCGCACUUACAGCAUCGAUGUACCCGGCGCUUCCAGGCCUCACAGCAGCAGGCCACCGGCCCACGAGCUUCCAGAACGGACCAUGUCUGUUAGUGAUUUUAAUUACCAGCACAGCAGCCCCAGCAAGAGGCCCAACACCAGGGUGAAGUCUGAGCACUCGCUCCUCGACGGACCAGGACAGAUGCAGGGAGGAAUGGGAGCAGGGAGGGUUCCAGUAGACUGGAGAGACCAGGUGAUGCGGCACAUCGAGGCCAAGAAGAUGGAAAAGAACGCGCUGUCUCGCUCCUAUAAUUCCAAUAAUGCUCCGCUGAGCUGGUCUCACUACGGCAGCUGUAGGGAUAUGCAUGCCAGCCAAGGGUCCCUGGUCUUUAGUGUCAGGGACGGACAGCCCUACGGAGCUCUGGGCUUCUGUGAUGAUGUUUUUGGUCCCCAAGGGAUGCAAAACUACACUUUGGACCCUGCCAGAAAAGUGCCUUUGAUGAAUGGUCAGAUGGGUCCUUCGGCUCGUCCUCCAAUGAGCCAGUCGUCCAUGGCACGUCACCCUUCCAGAGAGCAGCUUAUUGAUUACCUGAUGCUCAAAGUCUCCCAGCAGCCCCAGGGGCCUUCACGAAUUCCACUCGAACCCAUCCAACAAGAGAUCCGUGUGAAAGUGGAGAAGAAUCCUGAGCUGGGUUUCAGUAUAUCAGGAGGAGUCGGAGGCCGGGGAAACCCCUUUCGUCCUGAUGACAAUGGUAUAUUUGUAACAAGGGUUCAACCUGAGGGACCAGCAUCAAAAAUUCUUCAGCCUGGGGAUAAAAUCAUCCAGGCAAACGGAUAUAGCUUUGUAAAUAUCGAUCACGGGAACGCGGUGUCCCUUCUGAAGACUUUCCCAAGCACUGUGGACUUGAUUAUCGUAAGAGGAAUCCAAGGAUAGACUGAAACUGACCUCAAAAUAGAGUGUGACAUAUGGGAGAAGAACUGAAAAGCAUACGUUGACUUGUCAUAUUUUUGUACUCAGAAACUGAUCCAUUGCUACCUAUCGGGACUAUUUAUAGUACAGAUCAUGGGAGCCUUGAUUAAAUGGGAAAAACCACUGAAUGUAGUGGAUCAAAGUGAGACAGCAGAAGAACAUCUGCAAGUACGCGUCCUCAAAAGGCCAUCACUGUGGAAUAUAUAUAUAUACAUAUAUAUAUAUAUAUUUUUUUUUAUAUAUAUACAAAAGAAGCUGAAGAUAUGACGUCACUUACUGUGGUCUCUGUACAGGUCAUCUUUUUUUCUUUUUUCUUUCGUUUUUAAACCCCAAAACUCAUCAUCAGUGGAUCAGGAGUUUGAUUUCUGCAGAUGGAUAUUAAUCUGACCACUAGGGGGCAGAGCUCCUUCUCUUCUGCCAUCCAGUUUGCCUUUUUUCUUUCCUUGUUUUUCUUUUUAUUUAAGAUGUUGAAACCAUUUUCCAGUCUGCUUGCAAUCUUAACUGGAGGACAGUGUUACGUGCUUGCUAUGUGGAGACGAAUGUGGAUCGAGGAGGCGUUUGGCUUUGUUUUUUCUGGGAGAGAUGCCCCCCACCCCCCAUCCCGUUUUUCUUUUGUUCUUGCAAGAUCAAACACUUCGCUUCCACAAACCUGCGAAUCUCCUCCAUCAUACAGACACUUCACUAUUUCAGCUCAUCCCUGACCUCACCACUCCAACUGGGUAUAUCACAUUGCCACAUUGGAUUGUGGAAAUCUGCAAUAUAAAUGGAGCUGAAGAAAUGCACCCUGCAUGUGAUCACAUAAUGGGACAGGAAAUUGACAUUUUGGAGGCAUAUAAUUGUUGGAUUUGGUUAAUCUGCUUUGCUAGUCUUUCAUUUAAAAUACAGAAAAACACAGAUUAUUGGGAAAUAUUCAUAUUUGGUUAGGAGGUAGAUUGCUGCAGAUGGAUACAUCGAAGUUGUUUCCUUGUUUUUAGGUGCAUUUCUCGAAUCAUGAGAGCUGUUUGAAGCGGAGGACGAUGUGGCGGUUAUGCUAGUUAACCAAAGCAAGUUUAGAAACCGUGGACAGGCGGUAAAAAAAGCAGGAGGUAUCUUAAGAGAGACUUGAAUAAGGUCAGUGUUUCAGUCAUGUUUUAAAUUUUUAUUUUUAGGGGCUUCCUCUUUCAGGCAGCCAACAGUGAGCUGAGAGGGUUUCAACAUCUGGCAGUUUUAUUAUAAUUUUUUUUUUUUUUUUUAAAUGGACCAUAGGUUGCCUUGUGUGUCUAUAAAAAUGUUUAGCCAUUGUUUUAAUCACCUUUUUGUUUUGUUUUGGGGGUUUUCUUCGCUGUACAGAGAAUAGAUUUGGGAGAAACCAGUUGUCAAGUGCCAUAGACCUUGAACUGUUUGAACAGGGUGGUGGGGGGACCUUUGACGCCAGAACCCAAGCAAUACUCACAUAUUCACAACCUCCUGAGUACGUUUGCAGCAUAAUGGCUUAGAAGCAAUAUUUAAAGCCUUUAUUUUCAUUCACAAAAAAAAUCUUCUUUUUUUUAAACAACACAACCUUUUAGUAUUCCCUGGUGAUUUUACAUGAUUUUUUUUAUAUUGUGAAAAGAAUCUCUUUUUGUAAUGAAAUGGCACAGGAAAUAAAUAUAUGGUAGUGUUUCAAAAAAAUGAUUAAAAAAACAAACAAAAACUCUGCGUUGUGUAAGAGCAGGUUUUAGCGUGUGUUGCGUAGCAUACCGUGUCUUCUAAUGUUUGUAUGUAGGUCGAAACAUUUGUAAUGUUCGUCACCGAAGGAAAAUUGUGGUUUUUAAAGCAGUGUCGUCAGCGUAAAAAACUAGACGCUCAUUGGGACAGCGAAUGCCUCAUUUGCAGCCGCGCAUUUGUGACCACUGAGUUGUUUGUACAAUAUAAAUUGCAUUUUAAUCCAGCAGUGUUUGAACAAAAAGCAUUCCCUCGACUCACGACGGCCAAUUAGAUUAGGAGCCGUCUGCUGUGCUCUUCUUGUACGUGGCAACAGUGGGGAAAGUAUUUGAUUCAUGUGGCACUGACAAACCAAAAUAACAACACUGUGGAAAUUGACUACAUUUUUAUCCCUUUAAUAAAAUAAUAUUUAGAAUAUCACGCUGAUCUAAAUGAAGCUGUACCAUUUUAGUUUUUAAAUUCAGUCUAGUUUUGGCAACUUUUGUUUUCAGGAAAGUGACAACAUAAUGUGCACUUCUGACAUUUUUAGUUUCUCACAACCUGUUUUUUUUUUUUUCACACUGAUGAGAUUAUUGAUUUUAUUUGUUUUAAUUUUGUGGGUUGUUUUCUGUUCUGUCUGACUUUUAAUGGGAAAUGGUUAAUGGUCACUUUAUAAUCAUGGCAAAAAAAAUAAAGUCUGACAUUGUAGACAAUCUAGGGAGAUCAAACUUGUUUUCAUGCUUUCUUCAUCCAUGUUGGUUUGUUUCUCACGCUCCCGUUUUAUUUAUUUAGCAGCCUUCUGUGGAUUUCAGACCUUACUAAUCAAACUUGUAAAUACCCUUAAAAAGUUUUAGAAAAGAGGUCAUAAUGGCAUUAGUGACUUGCGAUUGUAAAACCAGCAAUAAAUUGCAAUUCAGAGGCACCAGUUUUAAUGUAUAGCUACUCUUUCUAAACGGUCACGGUGAGAUGAUGAUCAUGACAAUGAUUGAUAUGCAUUUAUCCAACAUUCCAGAUUUUGUACAUAAUUACCUGUUUCUGAAGUAACCUGUGGAAAAUAAACUAAUGCUGUUUAACACAGA